CCAAAACUAGUAAAAGUUGAUUCUCUUUUCCAUUUUGGGGUAGGAAAAUAAAUUACUACAAACAGAUAUGGGGACUACAAACUCUUCAAAUCUCCCACAAAUUCUUUUGUAUUCAUAGAAUUCCUAAAUUUGCGCCCUCCCGCGAAAAUUUCAGCCCUCUCUCCAAAUUGAGGCAAAUCCCAAGUUAGUCAUGGUAUCAAACUUCUUUCUCUUUUUUUCUUCACAAAUUCUUUGUAUAUAUGUAAAUAUGCAUGCAAAUAUCCCUCAUUGUACAUAUAACGAGCAAAUUUGUCACUGGGAUUUUAUCAAACAAUGUGGCUACAAAAAGGAAACAGUGUUAAUAGCGUCAAAAAGGUUGGAGCAGGCGGAGGAGGAAAUGGGUUAGUUGCUAUUGGUAUAGACAGGGAAAAAGGAAGCCAAAAUGCUCUUAGAUGGGCCGCUGAGCAUUUGAUUGGAAAGGGUCAAACUGUGAUUUUAAUCCAUGUGGUUCAUAGACCUUCUAGUGCGGCUGCUUCUUUGAUUGGGGAAGCCAUUAUUUGUAAUACUGAUGGCAGUUCCACAUCUGAUUCCCCUCAUAUACAGCAGCUCGAGAUGCAGACUAGAGACAUUUUUCUCACCUUCCAUUGCUAUUGUACUCGGAAGGAUAUUCAAUGUCUUGAUAUUAUAUUGGAAGACACCGAUAUAGUGAAAGCAUUAACUGAAUACGUAUCGUACGCUGCAAUCGAGACCUUGGUGCUCGGGGCUCCUUCGAGACAUGGAUUUAUUAGGUUUAAGUCAUCGAGCAUGGGUAGUAGCGUGUCAAAAGGAGCACCGGAUUUCUGCACUGUAUAUGUCAUCUCGAAGGGGAAGGUGUCAUCAGUGAAGAAUGCAUCUCGCUCAGCUCCCUUCACUUCCCCUCUACUAGACCGUUUACAGAAGUUAUCUAAGCCGAUCGUAAAGGGAUCAAUCACUCCUCGACAUAAGUUCAAUUUGAGAGAUAGGACAUCAUUCAAGCCUCGCAGCUUCCAAGAUGAAACAAUCAAGUCACCUUACUCUCACGGAGGAGAGAGAACUUGUAUCUCGAAAUUUAGUGGGGGGUUCUCUGAGUCAGAAUCCGACAUAUCCUUUAUAAGCUCUGGCAGACCAAGCACAGAUCGUUCUUCUUCUGUUGCAUUUGACUACUCUGAUUCAGGUCCCCCACGAUUUUCAACCAGCUCAGAGCAUAGCUUUACAUCUCUACCAUUUAAACCAAAGUGGGCAGAUCUCAGCAAUCUCAAUGAUUUCUCAUCAGUUUCAGAUGAGAGCUGCAGGACAUCAUGUUCUUGGUCAUCUCAGAACUUGGAUGAAGUAGAACUUGAAAUGAGGAGGCUGAAGCUAGAGCUUAAACAAACUAUGGAGAUGUACAGUACAGCAUGUAAAGAAGCACUGACAGCAAAGCAGAAGGCAAUGGAACUAAAUAAUUGGAGACGUGAAGAAGAACAAAAACUAGAAGAGGCACGGCUUGCACAAGAAGCAGCAAUGGCUAUUGCAGAGCAGGAGAGAGCUAGAUGCAGAGCAGCGAUGGAAGCAGCUGAUGCAGCCAAGAGAAUUGCAGAGUUAGAAUCACAUAAAAGGGCAAAUCUGGAGAUGAAAGCAGUUAAAGAGGCAGAGGAAAUGCAGAAAGCAUUGAAAAAUCUUGCACAAAGCGACAUCAGAUACAGGAGAUAUUCAAUUGAGGAGGUUGAAUCGGCGACGGAACAUUUUGCACAAUCUCGAAAGAUUGGGGAAGGAGGUUAUGGACCUGUCUUUCGUUGUCGUCUUGAUCACACAUCAGUUGCAGUCAAGGUUUUGCGUCCUGACGCAACUCAAGGAAGGACACAGUUUCAGCAAGAGAUUGAUAUACUGAGUUGCAUAAGGCAUCCCAACAUGGUACUUCUUCUAGGAGCAUGCCCUGAAUAUGGCAUUCUAGUUUAUGAGUACAUGUCCAAUGGAAGUUUGGAGGAUCGACUCUUUCGAAAGGGUAACACCCCUGUUAUUCCUUGGCAAUUGAGGUUUCGAAUUGCUGCCGAGAUUGCUACUGGCCUUCUGUUUCUCCACCAGACAAAGCCUGAGCCAUUGGUGCACCGUGAUCUCAAGCCAGCUAACAUAUUGCUUGACCACAACUAUGUUUCCAAGAUUAGUGACGUUGGUUUGGCUAGACUUUUACCUGCUGUGGCUGAAAAUGUAACACAAUGCUACGUGACUUCGGCCGCUGGAACUUUCUGCUAUAUAGACCCUGAGUAUCAACAAACUGGAAUGCUUGGGGUUAAAUCUGAUGUGUAUUCACUAGGAAUCAUGUUGCUUCAACUAAUUACAGCUAAGCCGGCCAUGGGGUUGGCUCACCAUGUUGCUCGUUCUAUCGAGAAGGGGACUUUUCAGGAGUUUCUGGACCCAGCUGUGGUUGAUUGGCCAGUGGAACAAACACUUUGCUUUGCAAAAUUAGCACUUGAAUGUGCAGAACUUCGGCGAAAGGACCGACCAGAUCUUGCCAGUGUUGUGUUGCCCGAACUUGAAAAAUUGAGAGAAUUUGGUGAAGAGAUGAUGGAGCACAUGGAGUCAAGGGAUAGUAGUGGAUCGAUAAGCAGUUUUAGCCAUCCCUCAACGGAGCAGGACGUAAUGAGCGACCCACAAUUGAUGAUGAUUUCAGAAAGUUCCAAGAGCCCGUCUAGUAUAUCAUCACAGGUAGAAGAAGAAUGAGGUAAGAGUUAUUUGUUAACGCUCCAAAGGAGCAGAUAAAUUUGUAAAUGGGAUUAUGACCAGUAGUAGGAUUGGUGUAAAAUACCAUAGUACUUGAACAAAUCUAUCACCACCUCUUGAGUUAACCAAAGUGGAUACAUAUAGUACAUAAAAGUAAAUAUUGAUUAUAAAGUUGAUACCUAUGUACCUUAUUUUGCCACUUUUCGUAGUCCAUUCUCCUUGACAACAUGAUUACACUACAUCUGCCCUAUGAUGUUCCUUCAAAUGAUUUGUAUUCACAAGGAGAUUGAGAGCUGUUUUCAUA